CAUGAAGAGCCCAUCCUGCAAGAGGACGCGCUCAUUUAACUGCACAGAACAUACAAUCUGUGAAUCGGUGAAAAUGGACGGCUCGUGCUGUUGUUCAACCAGCAGUGAUAGGCUUUCGAAUCCUAUCCUCUACAAGAUCCUCAGCCAAAUGGAUAGCAGCAGACCAAGCCAAGACAACUUUGACUACAGUUCAGUACCUCACAGAUGCAAAUGUGAGGUGCGACGGACAGUGUGUUUGAAAAGGCAAUCUGAGAUUUGCAAAGAAGCUUCAGCCGUUCUGGUUAAAACCCUAAAUUUCAUGAAAAACUUACCUGCUUUUAACCAACUGCCGCCAAACGACCAGUUCGCGCUUCUUAAAAGCUGCUGGGCGCCACUCUUCAUUUUGGGCCUGGCCCAGGAACGCGUGGACUUUGAGGUGACGGAUAUUCCUGCUGACAGCAUGCUGAAAAAGAUUCUCCUGAACAGACAGGAGAGCCCUGAGGUGGAAAGGGAGCAGCCCACCAUGGCCGGUGUCAGCAAACUCACGUCAUGCCUCAAAAAGUUUUGGAGUUUGGAUUUGAGCCCAAAGGAAUAUGCAUACCUCAAAGGGACCACAAUAUUUAAUCCAGAUGUACCAGAUUUGAAGGCAGCCCUGUUUGUGGAAGGGCUGCAACAGGAAGCUCAGCAUGCCUUAAGCAAGGUGGUGCAGCUCCUCCACCCGGGGGACCGGGACCGCUUUGCUCGAAUCCUCCUCACAGCCUCCAUGCUGCAGAGCAUCACACCCAGCCUCAUCACUGAACUCUUCUUCCGGCCUGUGAUAGGACAGGCGAAUCUGCUGGAGCUGCUGGUCGACAUGGUCUUCUACAGAUAGGAGAAAUGGAUUUUAGAACUUUUUCCUAGCAGCCCUCUGCGAAAGGAAGCAAUGCUUGACAGUGGGCUGCUCUAAAAUACAUUUACAAAAGAAAAAACAAACAAAAACUGUGAAUCGGUGAAGAUGGGGUUAUGAAUUGCUUACACUGACAAUGAAGCUGAGGUCACUGUAGCCCAGUCUGAAAAGAUUUUAUCCACUGAAUUGGAAAAAUGUGACUUUUUACAUUAGGACAGACUCUGUCUACUGUCCAUAUAUUUACUUGA